GCUUUUGUACAGCGGGACGGCGCCAUGGCGGCUGCCGCGGCCUGAGGGGGAGCGCGGUGCCGGCCGGGGCGCGGGCCCGCCAUGUUCUCCAGGGCGUUCCGGGUGAGAUCCAACACCGCCAUCAAGGGGUCCGAUCGUGAUGCUGGGCUGACUUGCCGAUCUUUUAGAUUCAUUUGACACGUCUGUGAAUGACAAACCCACCUUGUGCCGGUCACCGUGUCUUAAAACAUGGAUUAAAACUAGUGGGAGAGGGAAAUGUGGCUGCACCCCUGCUCCUCCAUGCCGGAGUCUGUAGGUGACAGACCUGGUUGAGCAAGUCUGACGCUCCCAGAUUUGUACUCUGGAGCUCAGAGCAGUAAUGAAAUGACAGUCCGUGAAAAGCAGAGGCAAAGACAGCAACAGGAGCUGUAAGCAGACGCUUAAGGAAGAAUAUCAGCAGGGAGAAAACUACGAACUGAUGUUGCAGCAGCUUUUCCUAACCUUAGCGCUGAACAAUUGACUGAGUUUAUUCCAAACAAGGAAGAGCUUAAUGUCAUCAAAAUAUAUUCUCACAAAGGGGAGGCUGUCACUGUUUACAUGAACAACAGGAAUCCAAUACUGUUUGAAAUUGAGAAAGCUCUGUAUCCAACAGUGUACAUGCUGUGGGUCUACCCAGAUCUUCUCCCUGCUUUUUCAACAUGGCCCCCUGUGCUACAGAAACUAGCAGGAGGAGCAGAUCUGAUGCUGCCAGGAGUUGUAGUGCCAUCUUCUGGCUUUCCUCAAGUGGAGCCGGGCACACUCUGUGCUGUCACCCUCUUGGGAAACAGAGCUCCAGUAGCAGUUGCAGUCGCCACUAUGUCCACGGCAGAGAUGCUGGCUGCUGGAAUGAAAGGGAAGGGCUUUGCAGUGUUGCAUACUUACACAGAUCACCUCUGGGAAUAUGGUGACAAAUCUUAUCCUCCUACCUUAGCUCCCUUGGUAACAGAUUCUGCUGAAAAGGAGAGUGCUGAAGAUGAGGAAGAGAUGGAGGGGAAAGAGCCUCUCAUCAGCUUCUCCACUGACCCAUUGCAGCAUGUCGGCAUGAGUGAUUUGAGCCUGAAGGAGCGAGACGGUUGUGCAAUACUGAUGGGGAAGGAGAAACUCGAUGAGAACAGAGCUGCAGAAACAGCUGAAGAUGCUAACACAGAGGUUCAGCAGGAAGCUGAAGACAGCAGGACUCCACAAGAGCAAAUGGAUGCAUUAUUUAAUCAGUGCUUUUUUCAUGCCUUAAAAUGCAAAGUAAAGAAAUCAGAUCUCCCUCUGCUCACCAGCACGUUUCUACGCAGCCAUAUGUUCUCAUGCUGCCCCGCUGGACAACAACUGGACAUAAAGAAGUCAAGCUAUAAGAAGUUCUCUAAAUUCCUGCAAUGUAUGCAGCACCAGAAGAUCUUACAAGUGAAGGAGCUGAACAAAGGUGUGGAGAGCAUUGUGGAAGUGGACUGGAAACAUCCAGACGUUAAAGCAUUUGCAGUACCUGAAGGAUUUUCUUCAGCCUCUGCUGCCCAAGACAGCAAGAGUGAAGACAGAGAACAAGUGUACCAUGCUCCUGAAAUCGUUCCACUUUAUGGAGUCUCAACAAAAAUGAUCCCACUCUUUCAGGAAUCUGGACACAGAAAAGGCAGCAUCCUCUCAAGCAGCGAGGUGAGAAACAUCAUCAUUAACUACGUGAAGACUAAUGAGUUGGUUGAUGAAACAAACAAGAACUUUGUAAAGGUGAAUGCCAUUCUGUGCGACUGCCUGUUAGAUAAAUUGGAACAAGAUGAAAUCUCAAACCUGAAAUGGGAUGACCUCUUGAGCAGGUGCCUUGACCGACUGCAGCCCUUACACCAGGUGACGUUUUUUGGACAAGAACCUAUUGUGAGGAAAGGAAACAUUGAGCCCAUCGACAUAACCAUAGCACAGAGGUCAUCAAAUAAGAAGGUGACAAUUAUCAAGAACCUUGAGCUGUAUGGUCUAGACCCACAGUGCGUGGCCAACAUUCUCCAACAAAAAGUACAAGCCAGUGCCACCAUCACCCCAGUACCGGGAUCAAAAGACAGAGUUCAGGUCCAGAUCCAAGGCAACCAAAUCCACCAUCUGGCCAAGAUGCUGCUAGAAGAAUACCAGCUACCUCGGAAAUAUAUUCAAGGCCUUGAGAAGGCUCCAAAGCUUGGCCGGAAGAAGUAGGAGAAAGAUCUAUUGUAAGAAUUACUCAGAUCUCAUUAUUUAUAGAAGUGUUCUGCCAACAAAUCAAGGAUAAUGUACAGGCCCUGUUCAUUCAAAAAUGAGUCCUGGAUGUUUACAAUGUCCAUGAUUCACCCAAAUAAUACUGCUCCAGCUGUUCAUUUUUCAUAAAAAUAAAAACCCUGAAUAAAACCUCUA